AUGUCGAGUGCAGCGGAUGCUUCAACUAUUGAUGACGAAGACGAGUUCCUGUAUGGAGGGGCCGCAGAUGCAUCGGUCCCCCAUGUGGAUAGAGAGCCUAGUGACGACCGCUCGCACGUUCCCAACGCGUCGUUGGCGGGAUCGGGCGACGAUAUGGCAAAGUCGAGCAUCCAUAACACGACGAGUCCCAGUUACAUGAACCGAGACACUAGUGCGAAAAAAACUUCCCAAGUGUGGCCGCAAGAUCCAGCGUCCACGAAUGCCGAGCCGAAUGAUUCUGACGAGUAUGACAGUGAUGACUCCGAUGUUGAGUUUAUCAUCGAUCCAAACGAGCCACUUGUACCACCACAGCCCCCGCAAAGAUCUGUUUCGUAUGUGCCUGAGCCAGCAACAGCUAGUGGAAACACGAUUUCGACGUCUACCGCCAUACCCACCGCGACUCCGGCAGGAUCAGCAGCGGCGGUCGCUACAGAGGCAGGGGCAGCCCCGAUCGCUCCCCGCGAGCCUCUUGUUCGCUCCUUGCCGAAUGAGCAUGUUGCUCCUAUUCCUAUUCCUUCCCCUUCUCCUGCUCCUGCCUUUGGCGCAACGACGAUGGCUCAGAUACCUGAGCGCGACGGCGUCCGCUCGGCAGUGGCGGCAGCGCCGGCAGCUGGGUCUGCGGCAAGCGUACCAAUGGGGCCCGAAGGGCCGCCGCCAGCAGCACCCUCUACGGGCCCGGAGCUGCACCUCGAUCCGCAACCAUCAGAUUUGACAUAUCCACCGUCCGAUCCUUUAUUCGAUGCUCGCACCGAGACAGAGAAGGCGGAUGAUCCACCACCCAUGUCCAUAUACCAAGUGGACAUUGAUUCUCUACCUGAGAAGCCGUGGCGACGACCGGGUGCGAAUCUCAGCGACUGGUUCAAUUACGGUUUUAAUGAGCAAACGUGGGCGAUGUGGUGUGGGAAGAAACAUAGGAUGGAGCAGACCCGCGAAGCAGAGUUGGUGCCUGCAGAACCUGUUGCGCCUCCUGUCGCGCCACCCAUGCCAUUUAUGCCAGAACUUAAUUCCAUGCAUCCUCAUCUGCCGCAGGAUCGUGGCAUGCCUGACUUUUCGGCGCUCUUAGCUCCGGGAGGUAUGAUGAAUAUGCCUCCUCCCAUGCAGGCAUGGCCCAUGAUGAGAGCCAUGAUGCCCCCUAGCUCUGAUCACCCAUCAUCCAUGUCUAUGCCGAUGCCUCCUUUGCAUCCCGACAUGCAUGGGAUGGAUUGGCCCGAGCCUCGGAAGCCAGACUCUCCCUCUCAUGCCGAGCCAGCGUAUGAGCCCUCGUACGAGCCACCACGCUCACCGCAGGACGGUCAGCGUGUUGAAAAUGGGGUAGGUCCGCAUCCUGAUUCUUCUCAGCAUGAUGCGGCUACCGAGCAUCACACCACCAUUUCGCAUACCCAGUCUCAACAGCAGCAACGGCACCAUCGCACUCGCCCUUCCUCCGAUUCCAAUCGCUCAGAGCGUCGGCGCGCUGAUCAUGAUGCCGACUCUUAUGCGGCAUCUCAUGAUACACACCAAGUACACUCUCCACGCUACAAUGAUCGCGAUAUGGUACAUGGUAUGCCAGAUGCGCUUGACUAUGGCGUCUAUGCAGAAGACGCACGUCGCGCUCGGCGAUCUCCGCAUCAUACUCGCCGUGAUGCGUCGCCAGCCGAUGACUACGAUCCUGAGCAAUUUGGACGUCCGCCGCUUGCUUCCGCACCCAGUUCAGGAUCUACAUCGGCAUCGAUGCCCACCUCGAUAGCGCAGCAUACGGCGCCUGGCUCGGGGUCUGGGCCUGGGCCUGGGUCGUCUCACCGUGAGCGUCCAAAUAGGCGUGAUCGUGAUCGUGCUCGGCAUGACCGUCGACUCGGUCGUGGCGGUGGACAGAAGCGUGGUGCUCCUGACACGCACGAGGAAGAGCGCGACUAUUCAUCGAAACGCACACACCAUGGAUCGUCGCGAAUGCGCAGAGAUACAUAA